AUGGCGUGGUCACCUUCCCGGUCGGGGCCCUUAGUGGCCCUUGUGGCCCUCCUUUUCCUCGGUUUGACUUCCAGCAUCCCGUCUGGCCCGGCCUCUGAUACCUGCGCCACCCUGGAGCAGAGCCGCUUCUUCGGGCUGUUCUCUUCGACCGCCAACCUGCCCUCCACGCCGUGCUCCUGGACCCUGCAGAACCCAGACCCUCGCCGCUACACCGUCUACAUGAAGAUCACCAAGCCCACCGACUCCUGCCUGCCCCGCCAGGUCAAGACCUUCCAGUUCGACUCCUUCAUCGAGACCUCUCGCACCUACCUGGGUAUGGAGAGCUUUGAUGAAGUCGUCCAAUUGUGCGACGCUUCAACAUCUGUAACCUACCUGGAGUCCAGCAAGCAGUUCCUGCAGCUACGCAAGGUGGCGCCAAGACGCGGCCUGGAGAUUGUGGAGGGAGAGAGCAGCGGUGAGUUCAAGGCCGAGUUCCUGGUGGUGGGCAAGAGGAACCCCAGUAUGCCAGCCUGUCAGAAGCUGUGCCAGUGGCUGGAGAAUUGUUUGUCCACCAGCACCCAUCCCAACCCCUGCGGCAUCAUGAACACCCCCUGCCAGUGCUGGGAGACCCCCGUCAGGAAGCCCGGCGGCUGCUACCGUGGAGGCGUCUACCUGGAACAGUGCAUCCCAACCCCCCGAGACAUUGGACGUGACAUUGUACGUGACACCGAAAUCAUAAAGGGCUGGAAUGGGUGGGGCCGCUGGUCUGAGUGCAGUAUGGAGUGCGGGGGUGGAGUCCAGGUGCGCAGCCGAGCCUGUCAUCCAGAGGAUAGUGUGUGUGAAGGCGUGGUCGAAGAGGGGCGGGCCUGCAACCCUCAGCCCUGCAUUGGUCAAGUGCGCAGCCGUAGCCAAGCCCUAGCUUCCAUCGUUGGCCUGAAAAGAGAGAACGUUGAUGUUGCUAGUACUGAAGUCGUGGCCCCUCAAACAGUGGACGCUGCUGCGGUUGCAGAUGAGUGGUCCCCCUGGAGUGUGUGUUCAGUGAGCUGUGGAGAGGGCUGGCAGGCCCGCUCCCGUUUCUGUGUUACCUCCUCCUACAGCACCCAAUGCACCGGCCCCCUCCGCGAGAACCGGCCCUGCAACAACACCAUGGUCUGCCCCGUUGAUGGAGCUUGGGACGAGUGGUCCCCAUGGAGCCUGUGCUCGUCCACCUGCGGCCGUGGUUACCGUGACCGCAUCCGCACCUGCAAGCAGCCCCAGAACGGAGGAGAACCCUGCAAGGGACCCAUCAAACAGACCAAGUUCUGCAACAUCGCAGUCUGCCCAGUGGACGGUGCCUGGAACGAAUGGUCCGGUUGGACCACCUGCUCCGCCUCUUGCUCCAAUGGCACCAAGCAGAGGACACGUGAAUGCAACGGACCGUCCUACGGAGGCUCGGAGUGCCGUGGUGACUGGCGCGAGACCAACAACUGCUUCCUGAAAGAUUGCCCAGUUGAUGGACGCUGGUUAUCAUGGAGCUCAUGGGGAAGCUGCAGUAAGACCUGUGGGGGAGGAAGCCAGCAGAGGCAGAGGAUGUGUGAAGGACCUUACUUUGGUGGAGAGCCUUGCCCUGGAGAGAGAGGAGAGCUGAGACGCUGCAACGAGAAAAGAUGCCCAGAACCCCAUGAGAUCUGUCAGGAGGAGACCGACGGUGAUGUUGUGUGGAAGAGAACCCCAGCAGGAGAUAUGGCGGCCGUGACCUGCCCUACAGAUUCAACAGGCUUGACCUUGCGCCGAUGCACCCUUGGCGCUGUAGGCCUUGCUUAUUGGGAGAAUCCGACCUACAUCAAGUGCAUCUCCAAGGACUACCAGGACAUUUCCACAUUGGCCCAGGAUGGUGUUGAUAAGGCUAAGAAGGGCUUGAUGGCUGAUGGGAUUUCUGAGGUGAUCUCCCGACUGAGGGCCACCUCUGAUGAGGGGACCAAGUACAGCGGAGACCUACUGUCCAUCAUGGAUGUCCUCAGGAACACCACUGAGAUCUACAAAGGAGCUGGAUACAGCCUGAGCAACGCUGAUGUGGAGAACUAUGCCCAGACAAUCAGCAACUUACUGAAGGAGGAACAUCAUGACAAAUGGGAGGAGGCACAGCUGAUGGGCGCUAACGUCAAGGAGUUCUUGCAGCUCGUCGAGGACUUUGUGGACAUGAUCGGUAUGCAGAUGAAGGACUUCCAGGACAUUUAUGAAGUCACAGAUAAUUUAGUGUUGAGCAUCCAUAAGCGCCCCACAGCCAUGACAACCGACUUCACCUUCCCAGUGAAAGGAUGGAGAGGCAUGAUGGACUGGGUCAGGACUUCAGAGGAGAAGAUCACUGUCUCCCGCAACGCUCUGUCCAUCGACCAGUCUGAGGGCACCACUGCAUUUGUGACCGGGAUCAUUCUGUACAGAAACCUCAGCUCUAUCCUAUCCUUCCAAAGUAACAGCAGCGUACUCAACUCUAAGGUAGUUACGGUUGUGGUCAAGCCCACCCCAGGUCUGCUCUCCACCCCAGUGGAAAUCGAGUUCCCCCACCUCCAUAAUGACACCAUCAAUGAAACUUGCAUCUCCUGGGAUGAGAGUGAAACUUCUUCGCUGCUUGGAUCUUGGUCUGCGCGUAGCUGCAGAGCGGUCGCCGUUGAUUCUUUCAGAACCAAAUGCGUGUGUGACAGGCUCUCCACCUUCGCCAUUUUAGCGCGGCUGAACCCUGCUAUGAACAUGGAUAAGAAUCUGCUUCCCUCUGUGACUCUCAUCGUGGGCUGUGGGGUCUCCUCUCUCACCCUACUGCUCCUCAUCAUCAUCUAUGUCUCCGUCUGGAAGUAUAUCCGCUCGGAGCGCUCAGUGAUCCUCAUCAACUUCUGCCUCUCCAUUAUCUGCUCCAAUGCCCUCAUUCUGGUCGGACAAACCCAGGCUCGCAACAAGGUGGUGUGUGGAGUGGUGGCCGCCCUCCUUCACUUCUUCUUCCUCUCAUCUUUCUGCUGGGUGCUGACGGAAGCAUGGCAGUCCUACAUGGCUGUCACGGGCCGUCUGCGCAACCGCAUCAUCCGCAAGCGUUUCCUCUGCUUGGGCUGGGGACUCCCUGCUCUGGUGGUGGCUGUGUCUGUUGGAUUUACCAAGGCUAAGGGAUAUGGCACCGUCAACUACUGCUGGCUCUCUCUGGAGGGUGGACUCCUCUACUCGUUCGUUGGACCCGCUGCUGCUGUUGUUCUGGUGAACAUGGUAAUUGGCAUCCUGGUCUUCAACAAGCUGGUGUCCAAGGACGGCAUCACCGAUGUCAAACUGAAGGAGCGAGCGGGAGCGUCACUGUGGAGCUCCUGUGUGAUUCUGCCCCUGCUGGCCCUCACCUGGAUGUCCGCUGUCCUGGCCAUGACCGACCGCCGCUCCGCUCUCUUCCAGAUCCUCUUCGCGGUCUUUGACUCCCUGGAAGGGUUCAUAAUCGUCAUGGUGCACUGCAUCCUGCGCAGAGAGGUUCAAGAUGCAGUGAAAUGCAGAGUUGUUGACCGUAAGGACGAUGGCAAUGGAGAUUCUGGCAGUUCCCUCCAAAAUAGCCACCACACCCAGCUCAUGUCUGAUUUCGAAAAGGACGCUGACUCCAACAGACCCGGUGGCAUGAACUCCUCCUGUGAGGAGAAGAUGCCCCUCCCACCUCAGCUACCCCUCCCCAUGAGCUCCAACUUCCACACCCUGCCCUCCCACACCACCAAGGCCCACAUGCAGGCCGUGCCCGAGUACUCCAGCCACACCCUCACCCUGAAGAGGGAGAAGAGCCGGCUGCAUGGCGGCAUGGACCCGUCCUCCUGCGGCAAACCCGUCUACGUGUGCGAAGGCGAGCUCUUCCAGCAGCUGGACGCCAACCUGGCGCGUGGCCAGGCGGAGGGGAGCUGCCCCGACGGUAGUGGCUACUUGCUCCUGCCCAACACCACCUCCACCCUUCGCAAGGCCAAAGAGGACCCGUCCAAGUACAACAUCAGUGUGGAGCAGCUUCCACAGACCAGGCUGGUUCAUCUCAGUGGGCCCUUCGCUGAGCCCCAGGCCGCCUUCGGACUCAAGACGCUACCGUCCGACCGGGUCAGCGUGUCCUACUCGGAGAGGGACUCUCCCGUCCAGAACAUCCACAACAUGUCCAGCGAGUCUCACAUCACCCACAGCAGCCUGGGAGACACCUUCGACUCUCUGAACUCCAUGAUGUCCAAGAGCGAGACCAUCUCCACACUGUCCAUGAGCUCCCUGGAGAGACAGAAGUCCCGUUACGCUGAAUUAGAUUUCGAGAAGAUAAUGCACACAAGGAAACGUCACCAAAACAUGUUCCAGGACCUCAACAGGAAAUUACAUCACGCUGAGAAACAAGACAGAGAGUCCCCUGCUUCAGACAGCAAGGACAAGCAGCUGCCACAGGUGGAGAGACCCUGGGAAGGUGUCCAGAGGACCCAGCACUCGCCCCCCGCCUGGGUGCGGAAGGACCUGGAGCCCCUGGCCGCGUCGCCCCUGCAUAUGCAGCAGGUGGAGUGGGAGAAGGCUGGUGCCACCAUCCCAAUGGUCAGCCAAGACAUCAUCGACCUGCAGACGGAGGUCUGA